UGGGAAGGACUCACUAAUCAGUAUCUGCUCGACAUCAUCUUUCACAUUUCUGCUGACUACGCUUAAUCGCGCACUCAUAUAAAAGGGGUGUUGAUAACAGUGUGAGACUCCAUAGUAAACCAUGUCUCACAAACACCUCGUUGUUUUUGGCGCUACAGGACAGCAAGGCAGCUCUGUUGUCGCCACAUUCCUCAAAGACAAGAUUUACAUUGUUUGGGCCAUCACUCGAAACCCAGAUAGUGAGAAAGCAGAGGUGCUUGCUGCCAGCAGUGCUCAAAUCAUCAUGGCAGAGCUCAAUGAUUACAAGAGCAUCCUCAAAAAAUUCGAGGUUCACUUCUGGACUCCCCUACCUGUUGACGGACUUGAUGAAGCCUUCGAAAGGGAGAUCCAGCAGAGUAAGAACCUUGCCAAUGCCGCCGCCGCCACCCCCAUACUCGAGCACUAUGUCUGGAGUUCCUUGCCAUCUGCUGCCAAAGGCGGUGUUUCCGUUCCCCAUAUCAACAGUAAAGCCCACAUAUAUGAGUAUAUCUUCUCCUCCCUUCCUGCUCUUGCGAAUAAGAUCACUGUCUUCUGGGCUGGAUUCUAUGCUGAGAACUUGGGGACUUUUAACCAUCCGGUGAAGCUGGAGGAGGAGGGGGGAAGUCGAAUCCUGGAGUUGUGGGGAGAGGCGAAUGGUGUGGGGACGGUGUUUAUACAAAAGGAUGUGGAGGAGUUUAGCGCUUCGUGUUACACUGGUCCUGUGGUUGGGAGAGAGCUGGCAUUGAACAUGAAGUAUUUUGAGUUUGCAGAGACUUGGGCGAAGAGCGGGGUGGUAGAGGUUUUGAGGAAGGAAGAUCUUGGGAUCGAGGAUGUGGAAUUGGUCAGUAUGAAGCAGGCUUUUGAGAGGAUCGAUUGGAGCGAUAUUUUAAAGGCAUAG